AUGGAGGAUUUGGAGAUGCAAUGGGAUCAAUUUAGUCUUACGGAGGAGGAGAAUUCGGUAAUUGAGAUAGGCUCUGUUGAUCUAAGUGAAGUCACUAAGAAAGGAGAGCUGUGUGUAGUGUGCAAGUUAUGGUCUGAUCGGCGAGUGGGGAAGGAUAUUGUACGUGCUACAAUGGCCAAGAUUUGGAGAGUUGAUAGGUCUUUCACGUUCCAAGAGGUUAGUACAAACCUGUUUGUAAUUACCUUUGUAUGUAAGGAGGAUAAGAACCGAGUGUUAGAAGGGAGGCCUUGGUUGUUUGGUAACUGUCUGCUAGUUCUUAAGCCUCUUGAUGGAUUCAUCCAUCCGAUGAAAAUGAACUUCGAUAGUGAGUGUUUCUGGAUUCAGAUGCAUAAUUUGCCUUUUGUUUGUAUGAAAAGUGAGAUUGGGAAGAAAAUUGGGGAGUCGAUAGGGAGGGUUCAAGAGGUUGAUGUAAGGGAGGGUGGAUCUGAAUGGGGUGGUGUUCUAAGAGUGAAGGUAGAGUUGAAUUUGAAGAAGGCAGUUGCUCGUGGUAGAACUAUGGAUGUUUUAGGGAAGAAGCACUUGAUCUCUCUAAAAUAUGAGAAACUACCUAGACUUUGCUUUGAUUGUGGUAUGAUUGUCCAUGGGGGGAAAGGUUGUUCUAACUCAAAUGGUAAUGGAUCAGGGAAACAGUAUGGUACUUGA